ACAGGAAUAAACAGAUGAUAACAAGCCCUCAGCCCUUUAAAGCCCAUUUCAUAAGGGAGUAACAGGAGAGUCAGACAGACAUAAAGAGAAAGAGGGCGAGAGAGCAGGAGGGGAUAGAAAUCGUGCAAACAGGGUGUAUGUGGAUUGGCAGCAGCACAGAAUACCCAAUAUGGCAGAGAGCACAGACAUGGACGAACUACUGCAGUCCUUUAAGAAGUUUGCAAUCCAUGGUGACACCAAAGCCACCGGGAAGGAGAUGAACGGGAAAAACUGGGCUAAACUGUGCAAAGACUGCAAAGUUAUUGAUGGCAAGACCGUCACCGGCACCGAUGUAGAUAUCGUCUUUACCAAAGUCAAAGCGAAGACAUCUCGAGUCAUAACAUACGAGGAGUUCCAGAAGGCUCUAGAACAACUGGCUCCAAAGAGGUUCAAAGGUCAAAGCAAAGAAGAGGCACUACAGUCAAUAUAUAAGUUAAUUGAAGGCAAAGAACCCACCAAUGUUGGUGUGACGAAAGUGGCAAAAACUGCUGCAGUGGACAGAUUAACCGACACAUCUAAAUAUACCGGGUCUCACAAGGAGCGCUUCGAUGAGAGCGGGAAAGGUAAAGGGAAAGGUGGUAGGGAGGAGGUUGUUGAGCACACAGGAUAUGUAGCUGCCUAUAAGAAUGCUGGAUCGUAUGAAGAGAAGACGAAGGCCAAGUAAGGCCUCUUCUAAUAGCCUACUCUUCUAAGCUCCGAGCUCCGUCUUCAUCAGCACUUAGGUCUGGACCAAAGCCAAACUUGAACUUUGACCUGUGAUUUACACACCUACCAAGAAGAGUGACACUGUGACACAUAGGUAUUGUUUGUCUUUAAAGAACAUGGUCUUUUUUCUUGAGAUGUUUGUCAGUGCAAGCAUUAAUUCAGCUUCGGGAAAUGUGCAUCUUAACAUCACACUGUUUCAGAAGAGAAGAAAAGAUUUUCCUUCAACACACAUAUGGAAGAUCUUCAUUCAUCGCUACAUUUUCACAUGAAUGGGCUUUUCACACGUAACAUCCGCGUUUCACAGGAAGAACCCGCAGCAGUUUCCGGUUGGGGUGAAUAAAAGUAGAGAGAAAUGGGAAACUGAGAAAAUAGUUAAGGUAUAUAGAAGUGCUGUUCUACCGUACUUUCAUAAGUUGACAUGUUGUUGUAACAUUCAAAUUCGGUAGAACAGCACUUCAUACAUAUCAGGACGUCCUCAGACCAUAGCGUGUGCUGAUAUCUCAGUACUUAGACGUCAGACGAAACGGCAUUUAGCCUUAGACAAAAGGGCAUCAUUUCUCAGCAAAACAGCAUCAGGACUAAACUGUCGCACAAUCAGGCAUCGGGUAAAUCGGCCUAAGACUAUAAGGCAUCAGGUCUCAUGCAACAAGGCAUCAGUUGAAAUGUCCAAUUUAACUAUUUUCCCAUUUCUCUCUGCCGUAAGCCUCCCCAACCGGAAACUGCGGCGGGUUCUUCCUGUGAAACGCGGAAUGCGCGCCCAUUCAGCUAGAAGUUACAUAAUAUCAAUAUCAUUCUAACAGGACGUAGAUUUAUAUUUGUCUUCUCUCUGUGUCCUUCUGUUGUUUGCCAUACUUUCUGGAUUUCAAUGUCAUAUCUUUUUUCUAUUUUAGUUAGUCUACUGUGUUAAUGAAACUGGAACUUACAUUUACAUGGUGUUGCAUAAACUGUUACUAAAUAUUAUUUGGUGUAUUUUAUUUUUGUUUACUUUGAAUAACAAAUAGACAUUCACAUGCUAAAUAUUUUUAGCAGCUGUGUCCCAAAUCGCGCACUUAUGCACUAUUCUACAGGAUUUUGUAGUAUAAAUAGUGUGAGUUAUUCUCACACUUCAAGUACCUGGAUGACGCACUCUUUCAACCGAAAAUAUGAAAUGUAGAACAUGGACACUUCAUGCACUCAACGAUCAAAGUUUCGCUUAUGUAGCACAAGGGAGGCGGGCCUAUCGGACACAGCUCGAGCAGAACUCUCCUGCAGAGUGAUGGAACUCAUUAAUCUGAUGAUGACUAAAGUAAUGCUGGGCAAAGCAGAUGAAAACUACAUUAAACGUACAAAUUAAUUUAUAUUCACACGCAUGGUGCCGUGCGAUUGACGUCAUUUGCGCUCGUCUGGGAACCGAUUAGUAUUCAAUUUGGGAUGAUACUUCCCUUCUAAAAUUCACACAUUGUUGAGUGCAUGGUUGAAGGGCAUAUUAUGUCAUUUGGGACAAAGCUAUAGUUCUGGUUCUGUUAAACAGUGCUAAAGAAAUUAUGUUUGGGCUCUUUAGUUCUUCUGCUUCUAGGUCUAAAAAUGGUCUUUGUAUUUAAAUUCUCAGUACUGUACCUGACUUCUUAAACUAAAUUCAACAGGGUGACCAUAUUUUGUCCACAAUACUAAUGCUACCAAAGCUCUUGUAACUUGUCUUCGUUAAAAUAAAUAAAGUAUACUUACUGUAAUAACAUCA